ACCAAUCCACGGAAGGAAUACUGAGACGUCACGAUAUUGACCAAUGAACGCUCACGUAUUUUACAGAAGAAGAAAAAAAAUGGCGUCCGUUGUAUUGUGAAGAGGAGAAGCUACAAACAAAUAUCUUUUAUGUUUUGAAAAAAAAUAGAAUAAGUCAGGAUGAAGGUGGUGAAUCUGAAGCAAGCCAUUCUGCAGGCAUGGAAGGAGCGUUGGAGUGACUACCAGUGGGCCAUUAACAUCAAGAAAAACUUUCCAAAGGGAGCGACAUGGGACUACCUUAACCUUGCAGAGGCCCUGAUGGAGCAGGCGAUGAUUGGCCCCUCCCCGAAUCCUCUUAUUUUGUCUUAUCUCAAAUAUGCUAUAAGUUCCCAGAUGGUGUCUUAUUCCAGUGUGCUGACAGCCAUCAGCAAGUUUGAUGAUUUUUCUCGGGAGCUGUGUGUCAAAUCACUGUUGGAGAUAAUGGACAUGUUUUGCCAUCGUCUCAGCUGUCAUGGGAAAGCAGAGGAAUGCAUUGGGCUGUGUCGAGCACUGCUGGGGGUGGUAGUUUGGCUGCUGCAGGGCUGUGCCUGGUACUGUGAGAGGCUGAGAGAACUUGGCCCAUCAGCCAGCACGGAGGCCAGUCUGAGAGCUUGCCAGGAGAGGCUUCACACACUGGUGAACAGCACCAAGAACAGAGCCCUGGUCCACAUUGCUCGGAUGGAGGAACAAGGUUCCUGGAGCAACGUAGAGCAAUCAGUGCUGAGAGUGACGGAAGGCCUUGGCAGUGUACCUAACCCGACACUGAUAACUAAAUUAGAGGAGAGCUUGUCACUAGUAAAAGGUAUUCCCCUGAUGCUGUCUGUGCAGUCUGACCCACUGCACCAUGCCUCCUUCCCAUCAGUUCACGCCUUCAUCAUGCUGGAAGGGACCAUGAAUCUGACAGGGGAGACACAGCCGCUGGUGGAGCAGCUGAUGAUGAUCAAGAGAAUGCAGCGAAUUCCCGCUCCUCUUUUUGUCCUGGAGAUCUGGAAGGCCUGUUUCACUGGCCUCAUUGAGUCACCUGAGGGCACCGAGGAGCUCAAAUGGACUGCCUUCACAUUCCUCAAGAUCCCACAAGUUCUGCUCCGACUAAAGAAGUAUCCUCAGGGUGACAGAGGACAGGACUUCAUGGACGACGUGAAUAUUGCAUUUCAAUACUUACUGAAGCUCACACCACUGCUGGACAAGGCUGAUCAGAGAUGCAAUUGCGACUGCCUCGGCAUGCUCCUGCAGGAGUGUAAUAAGCUCGGUCUGCUGUCAGAUUCCAACACAGCCUGCCUCACUUCCAAACGGACCGAGGACAGGGAGUUCGCCCCAAGGCUUAAGACAGCAGAAAAUGCUAACAUCCAGCCAAACCCUGGUCUCAUCCUGAGAGCUGAGCCCACUGUCACCAAUAUUCUCAAGACAGUAGAUGCAGACCACUCAAAGUCCCCUGAGGGCCUUUUGGGGGUCCUGGGACACAUGUUGUCUGGAAAGAGCCUGGAUCUGCUCUUGGCGGCAGCAGCGGCCACUGGGAAACUCAAAUCCUUCGCCCGGAAGUUCAUUAAGCUUAAUGAGUUUCCCAAGCACAUAAGUGGUGAAGGAUCAAAGUCUGCAUCAGUACGGGCCCUGCUCUUCGACAUCUCCUUCCUCAUGCUCUGCCACGUGGUGCAGACAUAUGGUUCUGAGGUGAUACUGUCAGACCCCAGCCCUUCAGGGGAGACACCCUUCUUUGAAACAUGGCUGCAGACAUGUAUGCCUGAAGAGGGCAAGACUCUGAACCCAGACCACCCCUGCUUCAGACCAGAGCCUGGCAAAGUGGAGACCCUGGUCACCCUGCUGAACAACUCCUCAGAGAUGAAACUAGUGUAAGUUGCAGACUAAUAUGUAAUUAAAGAACUGGGCUUUGUGCAUGCUUUA